AUGUGCGUGGGGUUCAGGAUCAUCUGCCGGCCCGCGCCACUGCCGACCGCUCACCGCCACACGACGGCACACGCAAACUUACCGACUGCACUCACGUUCAUCACUGCCACCGCCACAACGCACCGCUGCCACACCCACUUCAGGCUGUGCCUGUUCUUGGAGUCAAACGACGAGACGCAGUGCCGAUUCGCUGUGAAGAACGACGACAAGCCUGUAAACCAGCAGCUGGCGAGCGUGCAGCGGCAAGGGUAUGUCGAAUACAAGGCCCGAUAUUGCAAGAAGCGUGGACAGCAGGCCGGAUAUGGCUACUUCCACUUGGCAUUCCGCCCCCUGAACACCGUGAUAUACCCGCUGCAACGCCUGCGCAGCGAGUGGACACAGCACGUGGCGCAGCCGGAGGAGGACGCCGUGUUGUACAGCAGUCAGGUGGACGUGCACAGCCUUGAACGCGUCAUCAUCACCGUGCGUCUUUACCAAUCCUUUCGUGGACACUUUCCCACGCGCUCCUACCACUUUGAUGAGUGCGAGGUGUACCAGAGUAUGUACGUGAAGGAGUGGCAGGACGCAACACGCAUGGUGCGCAACAUCGUACCCGGCGUUGCCGUGGAGACAGACUUGGAGGGCGCCUACAUUCAAUACAUUGUACAUGACGCAAGCACGCUGAGGGGCCUGUGCGGAGACGACGGUCUGAAGUUUCCGUGCCCGAUUCCAGCCCAUCCCGAACGGCUCAAUGACGUUGGGCUGCUGCGCAUGCAAGUUGAAGUGAAGUUUCUGGUGAAGAACGCCACAGAUUCGCCCGACGCGCACUUCAUCAAGCAGGGCGAGGUGCUGAACGCAUGGGUUCGCAUUAAGGUGGUGCAGCAGCUGUCCGGCAAGAAGAAGCGAUACAACAUGAUGCUGCGCGCUCCCGGAGACGACUGGAGCAUGCCGCCACGCCCCCUCGUCCGUCCAGUCACCUUGAACGGUGGACGAAUUCUCCACCACGUGGUGGGAAAGGAGGCGUUGUCAGGGCCAAAUGCGCUCAUGCUGCUGCAGGACAUUGCAUGCAGCAUGGCAGGGGCCAUGCUCUCUGACGACACGGACCCGCCCGCCACCACGUGCAUGCAUGAGGCGUGUCGCACGGGAAACAUGGGUGCCGUGCUCAUGCUGCUGCAGUACAGAUCCACCCUGGUCCACGUUACCGACCAGCACGGCAACACCCCUCUGCACGUCGCGGCGAUGGCUGGCCAGAUUGCGGUGGCCACGCUUCUCUAUGAGGCCGGUGCUCGCUUGCACGUGACAAACAAGCGUGGGCUCACACCCCGCGCGCUGGCCGACGUGCAGGGCUCACAGGCGGCCAUUAGUACGCUCAUCAACUUUGAGGAGCGGGACAAGUCUGGGUGCUCGCUGUUCCGGGCAGCGGCCAUUGGCGCUGGUGCACAGGUCAUUCGGCUACUCAAGGGGCACGCCAACCCCAACGACAUCAAUGCACACGGCCACACCGCCCUGUUCCUCGCCAUCGACCACAACCAGCCCUGGACCGUGCACAUUCUUGUCCGCCGUGGAGCAAGCACACGCAUCUACAACAAGCUUGGACGCAUGGCGAUACACCAGGCAGCAUGGCGUGGUGAUCCAGAGACGCUUGUCAUCCUGUUGCAUGAGGACCCGGCCAGCAUCGACCUGACGGCGCUCGACGGCUCCACCCCACUGCACAUCGCCGCCAAGCGCGGGCACGUGCUGUGCGUGCAAAUUUUGAUGUCGUGUGGUGCUGAUCUCACUCGCCACAACGCUGACAAGAAGACAGCACUCGACAUUGCCAGAGAACACAACAACGCAGACGUGCAGCUGCUGCUGCUGAAGCGAGGCGUGACCGAGGAAUCAGAGACAAGGGGGCUGCUCUCCCGUGCACGUGAGGGCGGUAGUUUGCAAAUUGCAGCGAAGAAAGGCGAUCUUGCUCUCACGUGCAAGCUUCUCGCCUCAGGCGCAAUGAUUGAGCAGCGGGAUGCGGAUGGCAACACAGCAUUGCACCUUGCUGCUCGUCACGGGCGCUUUCUUGUUGUUGACGAGCUCCUCGCUGCUCUUCAGAGGCAGGGCGACACGACAGCUAGAGAUGUAGCACGCAUGCGUAUUGCUGAUGGGCGUGAUGCCUUGCAUCUGGCCUGCUGUAAGGACUCAAUCUCAAGCGCUAUUGUGCUCGUGUCCCGCAAGAUGUGCGAUGUGCGUGCGCGAACGAUCGCUGGCAAUACUGCCCUGCACACGGCCGCGGAGAAUGGACAGAUGUUCGUCGCCGCCUUUCUUCGGCUCAGUGGAAUCAAUCCGUCCACCCAGAACAACGCCGGCCACACCCCUCUCAAGCUGGCACUUGACCACUGCAAUGUUGCCACUGCCAGCGUGCUUCGGUUGACGGAUUCGCAGCUGCAUGCAUUGAGCGAGCACCUUCGCCGCCCUCCGAUUGUCGGUCACCGCUCAGGGCCAUCUCAAUCCUCACAUGGUCGGGCUGGUGGUGGUGGGAUGUAUGCUCCAAUGGCCACGGGUCAUGUUCCUGACUUUAUUCAUCUUGACGCCCUGGGCCAGAUCUUGUCGCGGCUGUGGCACUGCACGCUCGAGGCAUGUCGUGUCCUUCGCACCUUCCGCACAGAGAACUCUUGA